AUGGAUUAUGAUGAUUUAUUUCGUUUAUUGCCUAAGCCUCCAAAAAAAUGGACUACCUAAGAAGUUCUAGUCUGGUUAAAAUAUAUAGGAUAUAGUUAAUUAGAUACUUAUUUUGGUACAAAUUUAAAUAAUUCUUUAGUAAAUGAAUGUGUAGAUGGUUCAUGUUUAGAGAUCUUAACAGAUUAAGAUCUAUUAGAUAUAGGAAUCUCAUCUCCAUUAUAAAGAAAGAAACUAUUGUAAUGUAAAUCUAAUCAACAAUUAAAUAUAGGGAUUCAAAUUGGAUUGAAAGAAUUUACAAAUUAUUGUAAAUCCCAUAUAAAAAAUGAAGUUACUUCUCAAAUGGUUCAACCAUUCAUGGAAGUUUAAUUAAUUUCAUCACCCAGGGUUGAAAUACCACAACAAGAUAGGUUACCUUUGAAAGUCAUUCAAGAUAGAAUAUUAUAAUCCAGACAUGAAUAUGACAUUGAAAUAGAUGAGAAAACAACUAUGGGAUAGAUCCCAAUUGAACCUUUACCAUCACCUGGAGGAAGACAAAAACAAUAAUUUAUAUUUCAGGUACCAAAAUCUCAAUUGAAAAUAACUGAAGAAGACUUAGCAAGAUAAGUUUAAUAAACCAAUAAAAAAGUGAGUCUUUAUUUAAAUAUUAGAAUAUAUUUGGUGAAUUAUAGUUAUAACAAAUUUAAAAGCCAAUUCUAUUAAGUCCUCAAAAGAAAUAAUAAUUAUAAGAAUCUGAAUAUCAUUUACCUGAAUUUGGUACUCCUAGAUUUGAUAGAUAAGAAAAGAGAGAAAUCGAGGAAAUUCACUCAAAUAAUUAAUAAUAAUAACAAUAACAAUUAAUUUAAUCACCAAACUAACUAUAAAAUUAAUUAAAUAUUAAAAUAAAAAAAGAAGGAUUUCCAACAUAAAAAAAGUUAAUAACUAAAAAUGCUACUAUAGGAAGAAAUCCAGAAAAUGAUAUUUAGUUAAAUCAUGAAUCUGUAAGUAGAACUCAUGUUUGGGUAAUCAAAUAUAUUAAUUUAGCUCACUUUUAAAGAAAAAUAGUUUUACUUAUAAGAUAGAGGAAGUUUAAUUGGAACAUUUAUUCUCUUAGAAACUAAAACAUAAAUUGUUUAAGGAUAUAUUAUAGAAAUGGGAUCAACUGAAGUAGUUAUAUAAAGUCUUUAACAAAAUGGUUAAUGUAAAAUAAUAUUAAAAUUGUUUAAGAAUGCAAUAUUGUCUUAACUUCUCAAAUGGGAUCAGUCUAAUUUACUUUAUCAAUUGGAAAAUCAAAAAUGAUUGGAUCCUAAACAUUUGGUGAUUAAACUAUGGCAUAUAAUCAUGCUUUGUUAUAAUUCACUAGUGAAGGUAUAAGUAUAGAGGAUUAAAAAACUUCUAGUGGGUAUAAAUUUUAGAUUGAAUUAGAACUUGGAUGAGAUUAAGCAAAUCUGGUGUUUAAUCUUUAAGUGUACCUUUAUGUAGAAGGAGAGUCAUAAAAAUAGCAGAAUAUAUACUAAUAAUAGAACCAGAAUGAUAUUUAUAUAUAAAUU